ACUAUUCGAUCGUUGCGCAAACAGUCGUUCAACAUUUUGGUUAUGUACGAGCUAGUUCUCUUUGCAGACUCCGUAAAGCAGAAUUAAUGGACCGCGGACCCGUUCGGCGGUAUUGUAUGCAAGAACACUUCCAUGGACAUCUAAACGCCCAGCGUCGCGCAUGGCCGUCGCCCACGCCAAAUUCAGAAAUGCACUCAGCAGUUUUGGAGUCUGGAGCCCCAGCUGCUUGAUCGCACAGCCGAGGUAUCCCGAAAGAUUACUUCACCUGUCUCUGUGUGUACGGAUGCGUCACUUUCGCAGCUUUGACAGGCCGCUAGGCAAAGAAUCUGGCCCUGCCAAUGCCGUGCUGCUGGAUAACGGCAAGAUGUCGAUAUGGCUUUUUUUAAGUGUGGAGAGUCGAUGGAAUCCUGUGCAAGAUUAUCGCAUAAUGCUGCGCCCCUGCAUUGAGCGGUCCGAGGUCCUCAUACAUAUGAUGUCUUAUACCGGCGCAGCAGGCAUCGACAACUCAAGAUUGAAGAAGUCUAUGACUCAGUAG